AUGGAAUUGCAAUACAAACCUUCAGAUGAGUUCGUAGUGAAGAACUUAAACCCACUAGAUGACAAUGAUGUAACGGAAUCGGAAGAGCUUUGGCUUAUUCAAUGCCCUAUAAGCCAUUUUCCUGAUAUUGAUGGGAAAGAAGUUCCGGUUGAGCUAGAUGAAGAUGGAACCUUGGGAUGUUUCGAGGAUUCAUCUGGUAAAGAGGUUGACUUUGUUAGCUUUGCGUCUCAAGAGGCUGAUGCAACUGUGAUUAUACCUUCUGGAGAAAAAUCGGAAAUUGUUGGGAAGAUUUCCCGGCGAGUUUCAUUAGUUCGUUACCCUGAACCAAAAGAGCUGCUUGAGACAAUGAAGGCUAAAACCCAACAGAAGCUUGUAGGAGCAGUGACGGACUCCGUUGGCAAAUACUCUCACCCAGCUCUAAGUAGCAGGCAUAAAAGCGGACAGUCAAAGUCAACACUUCGACAUUCAGCAGCCACACGUAGCAGCAGACAGAAGAGCACGGUCACUGGCUUCACCGAGACCCCCAUGUCUUCAAAAGGAAAGCAUUCAGAAGCCUCCUCAGGCAAACAUCGUAGCUCAACAACUACAGUUUCAGGCUCUUCAGAUCGAUCGGGAAAGUCCAAGAAGAAGGUGAAGACUGAAAAGUAA